GAUAUCCAAACACAGCAAUAACUGAAGUGUGACUUUUGGAGAAGCCUUUAAAAAACACAAGCGAUGUUCGAACACACCAACAAUUCAUAGGAGGCUGAACCUAAGCAACAAAAGGAGGAAGUCACCUUUGUAAGUUCAGUAAAGGGCACACCGGUGAUAUUACCUGACAGUCAAACAGAGCAGACAGUCGUUGCUGUGCUUUAAGGAUUAUGGCAAGGACUACGGCUAACGGCAAGUUAAAACUAUAUUUGAACCAGAAUGGACUGAAAUGCGAAGAUAUCAAGAGAAACGGCUAUCACAACAAGAAAAAUGGCCCAGGGACUGGUGUCGCCUCCAGGCAGCCCAGGCAGGAGUCUUUUGAACAGGCCCCGAUGUACGUGGCUGUCAUGACGUACCUGGGCUUUGGCAUUGUCACUCUGUUUGGCUACCUCAGAGAUUUCCUCAGAUCUGUGGGCUUAGAGAAGUGCCACCUUGCCCAAGAAAGAGAGGAACAGAAGGAUUUUGUACCACUUUAUCAAGAUUUUGAGAACUUUUACAAUCGAAACCUGUACAUGAGGGUACGAGACAACUGGAACCGUCCCAUAUGCAGCCUGCCUGGACCUGUCUUUGACCUGAUGGAGAGGGUGUCUGAUGACUACAACUGGACAUUCAGGUUAACUGGGGGGACAAUACACAAUGCCAUCAACAUGGGCUCCUAUAACUACCUCGGCUUUGCUGAGAACAACGCUGAUUUCCUGAAAACUGUGGCAGACAAAACGUGCCAGUAUGGGGUUGGGGUUGGCAGCACACGGCAGGAAAUUGGUAACCUGGGCAUCCAUGAAGAGCUGGAGCAACUUGUGGCCAAUUUCCUCCGAGUAGAGUCCUCCAUGACCUUUGGAAUGGGUUUCGCCACCAACUCGAUGAACAUUCCAGCACUUGUUGGCAAGGGUUGUUUGAUAUUGAGUGAUGAGCUCAAUCACACAUCUCUCAUCUUAGGGGCCAGACUGUCAGGGGCUUUAAUCCGUGUGUUCAAACACAACAACAUGCACAGUCUGGAGAAGAUGCUAAGAGAGGCAAUUUCCUCAGGGCAGCCACGGACCCACAGGCCCUGGAAGAAGAUCCUCAUCAUGGUGGAAGGCAUCUAUAGCAUGGAGGGCUCGUUGGUGCGACUUCCUGAGAUCGUCGCUCUGAAGAAGAAGUAUAAAGCGUAUCUGUACCUGGACGAGGCCCACAGUAUUGGAGCAGUGGGACCAACAGGGAGGGGUGUGACCGAGCUGUUUAAUGUGAACCCGUCCGAUGUGGACGUGAUGAUGGGCACCUUCACCAAGAGCUUUGGAGCUGCUGGAGGCUAUAUCGCAGGGAAAAAGGAGCUGGUGGACUACCUGCGCAGUCAUUCUCACAGUGCAGUAUACGCCACGGCCAUGUCCCCUCCGGUCACUGAGCAGAUCAUACGUGCCAUGAAGUGCAUCAUGGGAAAAGACGGGAGCACAGAGGGCAUUAGACGGAUCCACAAACUGGCAGAGAACACCAGAUACUUCAGGGCCAGACUGAAGGAGAUGGGCUUCAUCAUCUAUGGGAAUGAUGACUCACCUGUGGUUCCAAUCCUGCUCUACAUGCCGGGCAAAGUGGUGGCUUUCGCUCGGGAAAUGCUGGAGAGGAAAAUUGGUGUAGUGGUAGUCGGCUUUCCAGCAACGCCGAUUACAGAGGCCCGAGCUCGCUUCUGUCUGUCUGCAGCACACACUAGAGCCAUGCUAAAUCAGGUGCUGCACCAUAUGAACGAGGUGGGAGACCAUCUCUGUCUGAAGUUCUCACGACUGAAAUACUCCUCUUGUCCAAACCUCCAUGAUGAGAUGGACUUUGAGCUGGUCAGUUGAUAUGACCCUCGACACCUUCAUCUCACAGUGUCAAAAUGAAGUCUAGUGUCCAUGCCACCGCAGACACAUAAACGCACAACUUAAAGCAAGAAGAGGGGGCCAAGUGUUUAGCAGCUGCUUUUUAUACGUUUGUAAAACAUUGCGAUUACCUGUACAUCUUAACAAGACUCUAUAUGAACAAUUUAAAUGCUUUACUUCUGAAUACAUUUAUAUGCGAAUACACACAUUAAAUUAUUGCACAAACAAUGCUGGAUUGGUCUGAAACUCAAGUACGGCGUACAGUAAAAUAUCUUGAAUCACAUACGGUUAGCUCAGUUGUUGAGAGGCCUAUUUUUACCCAGGUAUUCUAUUUAGUCAUGUCUAUGUAUUGGACAUUGAAAAUGUUUUAUGGAGGAGGUUUUUGCUUCUCAUAAUUUAAUAUCAGCCACCAUUCAUUACAAAUGCUGGUUGUAGUUGUUAUUAUUAGUGUAUGAUGCACACGCUCUAAGAAGUUGAUGUAAGGAGUCCCAUUUAUUUCCUGAACAUGAAGUGACAGAAGUAUUGAAAAUGCAUUUGUACUUUGAAGUUGUUCCCCAUGGUGUACUGCUGAAUUGCUAAAAUGUUGAGGUUGUUUUUUAUUUUUAUUUUUCAAUAAAACACAAAAACUGCACAUGAAAA